AAGCUCUCAUUGAACGUCUGCUUUUAAGACGUCAACAGAAUUUUUAUUGAUUUAUUUAUUAAUUUUAAUGUCUCCUCAAAGCUUUCAGAAGACAAGGGACUAAAGUAAAGAAAGUUACAAAAUGAGUCACUAAAUUUCGCUUCAACUGCGACUUUGACUUUGCUAUAGCUUAUGAGUUGAAACUGAGUGGAGGCCUAAACGUCAGUAUAACACUGUGGUCCCGUCACUCUGAUCCUGGGUCAGUGAAACCUCUUCCAGGUGAAGAAGAAUAACCACAUAAAGCCCAUUCAUCGCGAGGGCGCACGUAGUUUAAUGAUGUGGCAUAUUAGACCAUUAGAAUUAGCCGGAAUGCUGAAUGGUAGUAUGCUAUGGUGUCACAAGGAAUUUCUGAAUAUGUAUGAUCAAAUCAGAUCAAAUUUAGACUUAAUGACGCACAUCAUUUCCAGUUUGAGCCGUCAGAAGCGCUUCGUCUGGUACUCUAACUAAAUUAUUACACUGUGUCCUCGUGACUGCGCGCAAGUAAUCACACUACUGUAAUGACGUUACUGAACCUGGCCGCUUGGGCUCCUAUAUAGGAGAGCUUGCGAACCUCAGUGGUCAGGAAGACGCACGAGACCGAAGCGGUUGCUGCAGAAGACAGAGCGCGCGGAAAGCUUUGGAGACAGUGACCGGAACCCUGCACAGAGCUUUGACGCACGCACGCAUUAUGGACUACUGCUGAGCUCGGAGGAAAGACGCAGUGCGCGCAAAGUACAGCAGCUGCUCGCGCCUCAAACCAUAGCCUGCUCAUUUUGAGUUUUUUUUGUUUUUUUUGUUUGUUUGUUUGUUUUUAACUUGGAAGUUGAUAAUAGACGGUUAUUUUAAUACAACGGUAAGUCUAACUGAAUCUAACCGCGUCGGCACAAAGCAGAGUUGGCACCAUGAAGUUACUGCUUUUACCUGUUUUGAUGGCUUUUUUCGCCGUCGCCCAAGUUUUUUGCGAGGAAAACGACCCAAAAGAGGAGGUUGACUACUGGACCAGCACUAAUCAAAUCCAGGACGGCUGGCUCUCCGACAACCCAUUCAGAGAAAUCCUCCUGAGGAUGACGAGAAAGCCACGGCCACACCAGUUCAUCGGUCUGAUGGGGAAACGCUCCAUGGCAAAUGCACAGAUCACCCACAAAAGCAUGACCAUAAGUCAGUCAUCAUUAGGGAGAGGGAGAGUGCCAGGAUCAAUGCCCCAAGGACAUCUGAGAGUUCAAUUGGAUUGUUUACGCUUGUGAUGGAUAGAGGGAGUUACGCAUUUCACCCUUCACUUCACUGAUAAUGAGGAUGCCUUCUGCCCUUACACUCUUACGCAAUUUUUUGUUUUUUUAUACAAAGGGACAAAUCAGUCAAGAGACAAAAAGACUGGGACAAGGCAAGACAAUAUUUUGUCAUUUCUUCAGUCCAAGUUCAAUAUUUAGUUCUGAGCAACAAGGGCAUAUUCU